ACGUGGGAGAGAAGGGAGGGUUGGGGGAAGUGUGGAAAACGUGAACCCAAGCCGUGGCUUGGCUUGAGGGAGAUUUGGUGGGAGGAGAAGUAGAGGGAAAUAGACGGGUGGAGGGUGAGGGGAGGAAGGUAUCUGGGUCGCCGCUGCCGGGCGGCACAAAGUUCGCGAUGUGGCUGAAGCCUGAGGAAGUGCUCCUGAAAAAUGCACUGAAGCUGUGGCUGAUGGAAAGGUCCAACGACUACUUCGUGCUUCAGCGGCGUCGGGGCUACGGCGAGGAAGGCGGAGGGGGUCUCACAGGGCUUUUGGUUGGGACUCUUGAUUCAGUCUUAGACUCUACUGCUAAAGUUGCUCCAUUUCGCAUCCUACACCAGACACCCGAUUCUCAAGUUUACCUGUCAAUUGCAUGUGGAGCCAACAGAGAAGAAAUAACCAAACACUGGGAUUGGUUGGAACAAAAUAUCAUGAAGACCUUAUCUGUGUUUGAUUCAAAUGAAGAUAUUACUAAUUUUGUACAAGGAAAGAUAAGAGGAUUAAUUGCUGAAGAGGGAAAACAUUCUUUUGCAAAAGAAGAUGAUCCUGAGAAAUUUCGAGAAGCCCUUUUGAAAUUUGAAAAAUGUUUUGGUUUACCAGAGCAGGAGAAGUUAGUGACCUAUUACUCAUGCAGUUACUGGAAAGGACGGGUCCCUUGUCAGGGUUGGCUCUAUCUUAGCACCAACUUUCUGAGCUUCUAUUCUUUUUUGUUGGGAUCAGAAAUAAAACUUGUUAUCUCCUGGGAUGCAGUCUCAAAACUUGAAAAGACUUCAAAUGUUAUACUAACAGAGAGUAUUCAUGUGUGUUCCCAAGGAGAGAAUCACUACUUUUCAAUGUUUUUGCAUAUUAAUGAAACAUACCUUCUUAUGGAACAGCUGGCAAACUAUGCUAUAAAGAGACUUUUUGAUAAGGAAACAUUUGCUAAUGACCCUAUCCUUGAUGAUCCUCUACACAUCACCAAGAGAGGUCUGGAAAAUCGAGCCCACAGUGAGCAGUUCAGUGCUUUUUUUAGGCUCCCCAAAGAAGAGGCUUUGAAAGAAGUACAUGAAUGUUGCUUAUGGAUACCAUUCAGCCACUUUAACACUCAUGGAAAAAUGUGCAUCUCAGAAAACUAUAUCUGCUUUGCUAGCCAGGAUGGCAGUCUAUGUAGUAUAAUUAUUCCAUUACGAGAGGUCUUAGCUAUAGAUAAGACAAAUGAUUCCACCAAAACUGUCAUCAUUAGCAUCAAAGGAAAGACGGCUUUUCGCUUCAGUGAAGUUAAAGACUUUGAGCAACUGGUGGCAAAAUUCAGACUCAAGUGCAGAGCAGCUUCAGCUCCAUAUCAUGAUAUUAGCACAGAGGUUCCUAUUAGUUCUGAUUCUACAGACCCAUCUGAUAAUAUUGAGGUACAGUCUUUGACAUGUCAGAGAGAAUGCAGUAAAACUGUGAACACCGAAGCCUUAAUGACAGUAUUUCACCCUCAGAAUUUGGAGAAUCUUAAUUCCAAAAUGUUGAAAGAAAAAAUGAAGGAACAGUCAUGGAACAUCCUGUUUACAGAAUGUGGGCGUGGGGUUAGCAUGUUUCGGACCAAAAAGACUCGAGAUCUGGUUGUAAGAGGGAUUCCAGAGACCUUAAGAGGAGAGCUGUGGAUGCUUUUUUCAGGUGCUGUUAAUGAAAUGGCUGCUAAUCCUGGCUAUUAUGCUGAAGUGGUUGAGCAGUCCUUAGGGACCUGCAACUUGGCUACUGAAGAAAUUGAACGUGAUUUGCGUCGCUCCCUGCCUGAACACCCAGCCUUUCAGAGUGACACUGGCAUAUCUGCUCUGAGGCGGGUACUCACUGCUUAUGCAUACAGGAAUCCCAAAAUUGGAUACUGCCAGGCAAUGAACAUUUUAACUUCAGUGUUGCUUCUGUAUGCAAAAGAGGAAGAAGCUUUUUGGCUUCUGGUUGCUGUGUGUGAACGGAUGUUGCCUGAUUAUUUUAACCGUCGAAUCAUUGGUGCCUUGGUGGAUCAGGCAGUCUUUGAAGAACUUAUCAGGGAUCACUUUCCCCAACUUACAGAACGUAUGACCGAUAUGACAUUCUUUUCCUCAGUUUCUCUCUCAUGGUUCCUCACACUUUUUAUUAGUGUGCUGCCUAUUGAAAGUGCAGUGAAUGUGGUGGACUGUUUCUUCUAUGAUGGAAUAAAGGCCAUUUUACAACUGGGAUUGGCAAUACUUGACUAUAAUUUAGACAAACUGAUCACAUGUAAAGAUGAUGCUGAAGCUGUGACAACUUUAAACAGGUUCUUUGACAGUGUCACUAAUAAGGAUAGCCCAUUGCCUUCAAGUGUUCAGCAGGGUUCAAAUGUGAGUGAUGAGAAAAGCAGUCUUAUUAAAGUGGAUAUUACAGAUUUGAUUAGAGAGUCAAAUGAGAAAUAUGGUAAUAUUCGCUAUGAAGAUAUACACAGCUUGCGCUGUCGAAAUAGGUUGUAUGUCAUACAGACCCUAGAGGAAACAACAAAGCAGAAUGUGUUGCGUGUUGUAUCACAAGAUGUGAAAUUGAGCCUUCAUGAAUUGGAUGAACUUUAUGUCAUCUUUAAGAAAGAGCUGUUUUUUUCUUAUUAUUGGUGUUUGGGUUGUCCAGUAUUGAAGUACCAUGACCCCAGUCUGCCAUAUUUGGAACAGUAUCAGAUUGACUGCCAGCAGUUCAGAGUGUUAUAUCACUUGUUGAGUCCCUGGGCUCAUUCUGCAAACAAAGACUCACUAGCCUUAUGGACAUUCAGAUUGUUGGAUGAAAACUCUGACUGCCUUAUAAACUUCAAAGAAUUCUCCUCUGCAAUUGAUACAAUGUACAAUGGAAGUUUCACUGAUAAGCUUAAGCUGCUUUUUAAGCUGCAUAUUCCUCCAGCUUAUACUGAAGUGAAAUCUAAGGACCCUUCAAAAGGAGAUGAACUUUCAAAAGAAGACUUACUUUAUUUCAGUCAGCUUCAUGUUUCCCAGCCUAUAAAUGUGAAGGAAGCAGAAUCACUAAAAAAGAGCCCUGAAAAAGGCAAAGGAAAAGUUGAUAUUCAAGCAUACCUAAGUCAAUGGCAAGAUGAGCUUUCUAAAAAACAAGAAAGCAUUAAGGAUUUACCAAGAAUGAAUCAGUCACAAUUCAUUCAGUUUUCAAAGACUCUGUAUAACUUAUUUCAUGGGGACCCUGAAGAAGAGUCGUUAUAUCAAGCCAUUGCUGUUGUAACUAGCCUUUUGCUCAGGAUGGAAGAAGUUGGAAGGAAACUACAUAGCCCUACAGCAUCAGCCAAAGAAUUCUCUGGUACAGCCUGUGCUUCUGGAGGACCCAGUGAGGGGAAAACAGAGAGCCACUUGAAGAAAGAUCCCUCCUCUCUGAGGGAAGAACCUCAGUGGUCAUUUGCAUUUGAACAGAUUCUUGCGUCUUUGUUGAAUGAACCAGCUUUGGUGAGGUUUUUUGAGAAACCCAUAGAUGUAAAAGUGAAACUCGAAAAUGCAAAAACCUCUCAGUUAAGUUUCAGAACCAAGAUGUAAAUCUCUUUUAACAGGAAUUGCCUGUCAUAGACAAGUUUACUAAGAUUCCUGUAGCUUUCAGCUUAAUUCUUGGGAAUAGGGAUCAGGGAUUUAUCUUGUUACCAAUAUGUUUUAAGGUUUAAAAAAAGAUAUGUGGAAGCACAAUGAUUCAUUUCUUUGUGGUAAUCUCUAAUUUUUGAUAUUCUCCAUUACAAAGGAACUUUUUAUAGUUCACAUGAUAUGUAGUAUCAGGGGAAUAUGCUAAAUGUUACCACCAGAGGGCACUACCGUAUCACUUUUAGUAAGAAAAUUACUAGUUUGUGCUGCUGUUUACAUAUGGAUUAGUGAUGAUUUUGAAAAUGUAAUGUUAUGUUUGAGUGUUAGUGAUGCUGCCAUGUCAUCUGAUAAACCCUACUUUCCAGAUUGCCUCAGUUCCUAUUAUGAUGCUUUAGAAAUCCAGGCUCUUAGGGGCGCCUGGGUGGCGCAGUCGGUUAAGCGUCCGACUUCA